AUGUCGUUGGUGCGCAGCUUCUGCAAGAUCAUGGAACGCAUCGCGCCCCUGCGCUUCGCUGAAAAGUGGGACAAUGUCGGCCUCAUCCUAGAGGCCCCCUACGUCCGCCCCAACGCGAAUAGAGUCCUGCUGACCAUCGACCUCACGCCCCAAGUCGUCGAAGAAGCCCUCUCCACCCCGACCGCCAUCGUCGUCGCCUACCACCCCCCCAUCUUCAAGCCCGUCCCCGCGCUCACGCUCGCCACCCCCCUCCACGCGUCCCUCCUCCGCUGCGCCGCCGCCGGCGUCUCCGUCUACACCCCCCACACCGCCCUCGACUCCGUCACGGACGGCAUCAACGACUGGCUCUGCACCCGCGUCGCCGACUCCCUCCGCGACAUCAACUGGUCCGCCCGCUUCAUCGGCCCGGCCUUCCCCGACGGCCUGGGCGGCGUCGGCCGCGUCGUAACCCUCAACCAGCCCAUGGCCCUCGCCGACCUCUGCAGCAAGGUCCGCACCGAGCUCGAGCUCACCUCCGUCCAGGUGGCCUACGCGAAGCCCGAGCGGGAAAAGGUCCAGAUCAGCACCAUCGCCAUCUGCGCGGGCUCGGGCGGCUCGAUGCUCCUCGGCGUCGACGCCGACGUGUACUUCACCGGCGAGAUGUCCCACCACGAGGUCCUUGCCGCGAUCCAGAGCGGCCACAAUGUGAUUCUGUGUGGGCACACAAACACGGAACGGGGCUACCUCCCUUGGCUCGCCAAGGACAUCCUCGACUUCAUCCAGGAAGAGGUCGCACAACCCACCGACCCUGCAGGAGCGGAGCUUCUCAAGGACCUCGAGGUCGUCGUCAGUCAACGGGACGAGCACCCUCUCUUUACCGUGUAA